CUCUCUCUCUCUCUCUCUCUCAUACACGUUGGUAUAAAAAAAUUAGAAUGAACCGUUAAUCUUGUAAUUUUCAUUUAUAGAGAGAUAGAAAAUGUUGGAUAACGGGUUAUUUUUCACUGUGGUGAUUAGGGAUCCCAUCACUUCACUGACUGUUACAAGUUCAUGAUAAUAUAACCUUAUUUUUUAUGUACUGAAGAAUAUAACAGUUUCAAAGUCCACAAUUUUAUCAAAUUUACUUAAUAAUCUAAAUUAUACUUUACUUAAUUUUUACGUUAUAAAAAUUAUUUCUCAAACAUUUUUUUCAAAUAUGUUGGGUGUAUGUCCCUUAUUAAAAAUCUCAAAUGUAAAUAGAUUUUUAAAAAACUCCUGUCGUUAUUUAAAUCUUCUAGAAUAUCAAAGCAAAAAUCUUCUAAGAAGAAGUAAUGUCGCAAUUCAAGACUUUUGCAUGGUAGAUAAAAAUGGAUCACAAGCACUAGAUACAUUUUAUGCUGGGGAAUAUGUUAUCAAAGCACAAAUAUUGGCUGGUGGAAGAGGAAAAGGAUAUUUUGACAGUGGGUUUAAAGGAGGAGUACAUAUAACACAGAAGAGAGAAGAAGUGCCUAAAAUUAUCAAAGAAAUGCUGGGGCAUAGAUUAAUAACUCAACAGACUCCAAAGGAGGGUAUAGAAGUCAAUAAAGUUAUGAUUGCAGAGAGUGUGAAUAUAAAAAGGGAAACAUAUAUUUGUAUAUUAAUGGAUAGACAUAGAAAUGGCCCUGUAAUCAUAGCUUCACCUGCAGGAGGUGUUGAUAUAGAAGCAGUUGCUGAAAACACUCCGCACUUAAUAAAAAACCUUCCCAUUGAUAUUUUUGAAGGGAUAACUGAUGAAAUGGCAGAUGAAUUAGCAGAUUUCCUAGAGUUUAAAGGGCAAUUAAAAACUAAGGCUAUUCAUGAAAUAAAAAAAUUGUGGAAACUCUUUGUAACUAUAGAUGCUACUCAAUUAGAAAUAAACCCUUUAGUUGAGACAGAUGAUGGAAAAGUUAUAUCUGUUGAUGCCAAAUUAAAUUUUGAUGAUAAUGCCAACUUUAGACAAAAAGAAAUAUUUGCUAUGGAUGAUUUGUCUGAAAGUGACCCCCGAGAAGUGGAAGCAGCUAAAUAUAAUUUGAAUUAUAUUGGAAUGGCUGGUAAUAUUGGUUGUCUUGUAAAUGGUGCUGGAUUAGCAAUGGCAACAAUGGACAUUAUAAAGCUUAAUGGAGGAGACCCUGCAAACUUUUUGGACGUAGGAGGCGGUGUGAAAGAGGAUCAAGUACGAGCAGCAUUCAACAUCAUCACAUCAGACACAAAUGUUAAAGCUGUUUUAGUUAAUGUUUUUGGAGGCAUUGUUAACUGUGCUACAAUAGCCAAUGGCAUAGUAGGUGCUUUGAAAAAUAUGACCUUAAAAAUUCCGCUGAUUGUUAGGCUAGAAGGAACCAAUGCUGUCGAAGCUAGAAAAAUUAUUAGUAACUCAGGUCUUGAUAUUAUUACAGCUGAAGAUUUAGAUGAUGCUGCCAAAAAAGCUGUACAUAGUAUUUAACAUUCAGGAAGUAAAUUUACUUGUUUAUUCUAUAAAUAGGAAAACCAAACAAUAAACAAACUGUUAGUUGAGCAAUUACUUUUGACAAAAUAAUUAAUUUUCUUCAAGGUACUCAAAUGUUCUCUUUGUUCAAUUUGGGCAUAUUAAUAAUAUGCUAUAAAUAAAUCUAAAUAGAUUAAAGAAGUUAUAACAAAAAUAUAAAGCAGUGUUUAUAGUUUAUACAUAAUGUAGGUAUCUCUUAGACAAGAAUUGAGUUUUUUUCAUUUCUAUCUCUCAGGUAAUCCCCAUUACACAAUAAAUUAAGGAAUUUGAGGAUGUUAACUAUACAACAGUAUGAAGCACUAUGUUUCUUCAAGAGAGUAACAGCCUCUGAAAUUUAUUCAAAAAAUGCAUAUGUUGAAAGAAUACAUCACAAAUAAUUGUUUUUUUCACAUUCCUUGGAUUUUUGUAGAUCAAUAAAUAAUAAAUAAUCAACGUUACUAUGUAUAUAUUAAUAAUCGAACUGCAUGAAAGAAUCUGUAAAAAGAACGAAUUAUGUAAAAACAAACCAGAUUCUCCACCAAGGCAAGAAGUUGAUUCAUUUGAUUCUCUAUGAAGCUAUCUGUCUUAUUCCUACACGUGCAAUUUCCGUUUACCUAAAGUAAAAUGUGCAUUAACACAAACUUUGAUUUCAUAGUAUCUAUUAAAGAGAGAGAAAAUGUCUCAUUCUUUAUCAACUUCUAGACUAUUCAUAUGGAGCUUUGGAAGUUGUAGAACGUUUCACAGCACCAGUUUUGUUAUUCAAUCGCCAUUCUUCAUAUUUUAAAACAUUGGUACUAUUUUUAAAUAUAUAUAAAAGUACAAUUCAGAUUUCUAAUGUUAAUGUAAUGACUUGUAUCACAAUUCCAAUAAUUUGUUAAACUAAGUUGCAUUCGUGAAAUUGUUGAUAAGAUACUUUGUUAAUACUAGACUUGUAUAUUUUAGCUUUAGCCCUUAGUUGAAUCUGACACUAUUGGUAUCUAUGUGGAGGAAUUUACAACUUAUUGAAUUCUUAUAUGCAGCUUAAGGACUUAUUAUCUAAUAGGAAAAUUACUUGCUUCCAUAAAUUUUUCUUUUUUGUUUUGUUAGUGUAAAAAAAUGUGCAUCAAAAGUUUGUUUAAACUUUUUCUUUGAAACUAGAUAUCACUUCAGAAACUUUGAUAUAAAAGUUUUUACAUCAGAUAAUAAUAAUAAUAUACUUAACACAAACAGUACAUUAGACAAUUAGUUUUGCAAUGAGUGUUCCUCGUAUGCACGUAAUUAACAGCUAUGUAUACAUACCAAACAUAAUUAUUAUUUGUCGUAAAUAUUGUUCGUUCGCAUAUAUGUAAAUGAAACCCUAUUAUCUUGAAUAGAAAAAUGCAUCAAAAAAAGCAGUAGAUUUUCAUGAUCACAAUCAAAAAAUAUGUAAAUAUAUAUGGCCUGAUCUAAAGGAUUGCAACAUUCAAGAGAAAUACCGAGCUUGAAUCAAAAAUAAUAUCUAAUUAAUAACAAACAGUCAAUAUCUCUUUAUUUGAGAGAAGCAUAAUUUAACACAACAAAAUUUUCAUUUACAGGUCAUGAAAUCUGUAUUGAACUGUUUUUUCUUAUGAUAUAUUAAAACAGAAGCCAAUAUUCCAACUAUUAAGGAUUACAAUUACAAAAAUUCAAUUAAAAUAUUGUUUCACACAAAUUGUCAGACAUAAACUCAAAGCCGCAAAUCUCGUGAUUAUAUAGCACUGUUAUAUUACAACCCAAGCUUAUAAUCAAAUAUCUACGUUUGAUGGUAGCUCGUUACCCAGAGCCACUAUGUGUAAUUAGAAGUGGGUUAACGUACUUUUCUAAUUAUUACUUAUGACUCAAUUCACACGUAAAACCCUGUUUCUUAGCUGCUUUUUCGGAACUUUAUGUAGGAGAUAAUUUUCAUAGUAGACGCACACAAGCAAGCAGUCACGAUCUUUAAUCAGAACGAUACUACACUACAGGGCAGCCCGAAAGUUGUCCUUCAUUUCUGUAGUGGAUAUAAACUACUUUAUCUAAUUAGCUUUAAUGCUGCGAUCUUUUCAGCGAAGCUAUCCCUGAAAAGCAACUCAAAAAUGGAGCUACAGAAACGAGACUAGAUAAGAUUGUAAUUUAAUUUAAAAGAACAAUAACCAUGCCAUAUAGACUGCCAUGUUGAACUUAUCUUGAAGAUUUGAAUAUUUUAAAGAGGUAUUUUUGUAGGAAAUGUUUAUAAAAAUAGUAGGCUUCAGAAGAUUUCAUUGCUAUCAUUAAGGUUAAAUAAACCCCUGGUAGAUUUUAUACUUUUUUAGAAUUAUUUUUACAACAUACUAGUUGUAAAUAAAUUGUUUACUAAUAAAUUGAAUUAUUUCGUU